AGGAUGUUGCCCAUCAGAGCAAGCCCCCACUUCGAGAAGGAGUGGAGCAUGUGCGGAGUCACGUGCGCGCACGCUUUCCCUCUUUCCCCCGAGAGACUUAGCGUCUCGCCUGCCCUAGACCGCUUAGUCAUUGCCACACACCUCCAAUUCGAGGAAAUUGAAGGCGGCACCCGCUCUGCGAGCCGCUCAACUUUUCUGAACAACCCGCCAGCCACUAUACGGUCAACCGACACAACACCUUGUCGCCCCCGAUCAACCCGACAACAGCGACAAGAUGCGUACCUACGACGAUACCUUCUCGGGCCAGAGAAUCUACCCCGGCAAGGGUAAGAUCUACGUCCGUGGCGACAGCAAGGUGUUCCGAUUCCAGAACGGCAAGUCGGAGUCGCUCUUCCUGCAACGAAAGAACCCCCGCCGCAUCGCAUGGACCGUCCUGUACCGCCGACAGCACCGCAAGGGUAUCUCUGAGGAGGUUGCCAAGAAGCGCACGCGCCGAACCGUCAAGGCCCAGCGCGCCAUCGUCGGUGCCUCGCUCGAUGUGAUCAAGGAGCGCCGCAGCAUGCGGCCCGAGGCCCGGUCCGCCGCCCGCGCCCAGGCCAUCAAGGAGUCCAAGGAGAAGAAGAACGAGGCCGCCGCCGCCAAGAAGGCUGAGAAGGCCAAGAACGCCUCGCUGGCGUCCAAGGGCCAGACCCAGCGGAACGUCAGCAAGCAGGGCGCCAAGGGCGCGCCCGUCAAGGUCGCUGCCCGGACUCGCUAAGUCCUGUCCUGAGGGGCGGGCGCCGAGCGAGCGAGAGGCGGAUGCGAAUUGCGACGGGGCAAAAUCGAAAGGACAGUGGUGGGAGUCCGUGGUUCUUGUGUCUUUCCGGCCGGUUCUUCAUCUCGGGUGCAUGGAAUGCCAUAGGGCGCAUUGGUAGUUGACAGCAAAUGACAAACCGAUGCAAUGGUCAAGGCGUUGAUUACCGUCUGGCGUGGCUUGGCAGAGCAGCCCCGGACGAGGGUGCCUUUGCGUGCUACUCUACAGGUGAUGACGCUGCCUCGCGGGGCACAUAUUGUGACAAACAGUGAUGUAGCAGGAUACGCGUACAAAGGGGAGACGGAAGCUCGACUUGUC